AUGCCCUUCCUUCACGCCUACACCCCCGCCGAAGCCGCUCACCUCCUCGUCUCCCUCGGCGCCGCAAAAGCCAAAGAACCCAUCGACCACCUCUUCCUCAAAGCCUUUCUCGCGGGUGUAUACUUGUCGUUCGGUGGACUCCUCUACAUCACCGUCGGCGGCGGCUCAGCUGGUUUGAACGCGACGAAUCCCGGUAUUGUUAGGCUAUUGGAGGGUCUUGUUUUCCCGGUGGGACUGUUUGUGAUCGUCAUCACCGGCACCGAACUCUUCACCGGAAACUGCGUAACAUUCACCGUAUCAACCCUCGCAGGCCACACAACCCUCUAUGACCUCCUCCUCAACCUCACCAUUGCAUUUAUCGGAAACCUCGCCGGCUCGCUCUUUUUCGCCGGUAUAUUGGUGUACUACGCCGAUGCCACAGCACUGGGUGAUCCAUAUAAACACUUCCUCAUCACCACCGCCGGAAACAAAGUCAACGCUCCUGGCUGGCACCAAAUAUUCCUAAGAGCAAUCUCCUGCAACUGGCUCGUCUGCCUCGCAAUCUACAUCGCCUCAAUGUCUAAAGACGUCAUCUCCAAACUCGUCGUAAUCUACGUCCUCAUCGGCGCGUUUAUCUCUCUCGCCUUCGAACACGUCGUCGCCAAUUUCUUUUUGUUGCCGUUGGCGAUGAUGGUCGGGGAGGGUGGACAGCCGUUUCCGGUGGGGAAGUAUAUUUGGAAGAGCGUUGUGCCCGUGACGAUUGGGAAUUUGGUGGGGGGGUGUUUGUUUGUGGGGGUGCCGGUUUGGUAUCUUUAUAUUGCGGGGCCGGCGCCGUGGCAUCGGGGGAGGAAGGGGAAGCAGGAGCCUGGGACGGGUGAGGGUGGUCCGACGAAGAAGUAG